AUGUUUGACGAUCAAGACCUGGGAUUUUUUGCCAAUUUUCUUGGCAUUUUUAUAUUUGUUCUAGUGAUAGCUUAUCAUUAUGUGAUGGCUGACCCAAAGUAUGAAGGCAACUGAAAUUGGUGGCGUUGUACACUCAAAUAAGAGUCUGAAUGAUAGUCAAUCAGUGUGAAUUCAUGUAGUUUGAUCAUUAUGAAAGUUUCAAAUAGAACAUUUCAGGCAAAUUCUCUAACGCUUCAAACUUUUUGAGGUUUUAGAAUGUGAAGUUUGUACGCCAAGGAUUUUGGGAGAAAAUCAAUAUCUCUACCAUGCCGCAUAA